AUGUUCCCUCCUCCAAAACAUAUACCCCUUGCUUCCCGCGUCAAAUCCAACCUCUUCCUUCUCCUAUCCCUCCACACCGCCUCUCCCGCCAAAACCAACCAAAAUCCCGAAUUCAAAUUCCCCACUCACCCAAACCUCCAUUCCCUUCUAGCCAAAUGCACAUUCAUUAAAGAACUCAAACAAAUCCAUGCUCACAUCAUCCAGAUCGGAUAUCUUAAAGAAAUCGUCACAGCUGGAAAGCUCAUCGCUUUCUGUGCCACCUCCCAUAUGGGUGAUCUUUGCCAUGCCCAGUUGGUUUUUGAUCAAAUAGCUGAACCCAACCGAUUCUUGUGGAAUAGCUUGAUAAGAGGCUAUUCUAAUAGCAGUAACCCCAGAGAAUCGAUCUUCCUCUAUUCUCGAAUGAUGGGGGCAGGUUUCACACCCGACGAAUUCACCUUCCCAUUUGUUCUCAAGGCUUGCUCCCUCGAAUCUGCUUUCAUGGAAGCGAUUGGAAUCCAUGUUCAUGUGGUCAAGCUCAGGUUCGGAUCACAAGUUUCCGUGCAAAAUGUGCUCCUCCAUGUUUAUGCAGUUUGUGGGUUGAUUCAAUAUGCUCGCCAGUUGUUUGAUGAUCUCUCUGGAGAAGUCUUAUUUCUUGGAAUUCAAUGA